UAAGUGCAAUUUUGGUUGCUAGCAUGACGUCAUUUCUGCUUACCUAGCAGUUUGCUGGUCUGUAUGUCGAUUGGAAGUUUCUGUAUAUCCUGCAAAUAUGAGAGACGAUAAUCACUUUUACAUAGGACACACACCUGUUAUACAUACGAUAUAGAUUUACACAUAUGAUAAACAUGUAAACAAAUGAUAGAUACACGGCAGCAGCUGUGCAGUUUCGCGUACAAGCGCUUCAAAAACGGAAUCUACGUGGACUGGAGGAAGGUCCCACUGAGUCACCGUCACACACUCCUGCACCCGGCUGGGCAGGAUCAAGGUGUGUGUGUGGGAGAGUGAGUGUGUGUGUGAGAGUGAGUGUGUGUGUGUGAGAGAGAGAGACUACAGGGUGAUGAGCAGGUGAGAUGCAGACAGAAAGACGAAGAUGUUGAUCACCUGACAAGAAGAAGACAGAAAGGAGGGAAAGAAACCUUAAUUAUGACAGGACACACUCUCGUCUGAUAUUGUUCUUUGCCAACAAGGUCCUGUGUCCUCGCCGUCGCCAUGGCCGACCCCAGCUGGUGGAAGCUGACCUUCUCCCGCAAGAAGAAUUCUGAGUCCAAGGUCCUGUACGAGAUCCCGGCCGAGUACGGCAGCAACACCAAGGCGGAGCCGGGCGGCGGUCCCGUCACUCCAGAGGCGCCCGACGGCCAGUUCAGCGCCAGGCUGGAGAAGAUGGUGGACAAGUCGGCCGCCAGGGGCCGCCACGUCAAGGUGUCCCACUCGGGUCGCUUCAAGGAGAAGAAGAGGGUCCGGGCCACGCUGGCCGAGAACCCGGACCUGUUUGCCGAGCAGAACCUGGCCGAGCAGAACCACAAGACGACGGACAAGUAGCGAGGCAAUAAGACGCCGGCGUCAAGAUGCAUUGGGAGUUUAAAAAGGUGGUGCACUGGACCGGCGCCACAGCCAAUUAUUGAUCCUCCAUGUUGUCUUCAGACUUUUUAUUAUCCAAAUCAAAUCCAGAAGCACCAAAUUUCCAUGUAGUGCAUAUGAAACAUGAAAAAUAUGUACUUUGUUUACUCGAUAACGAUGUGACGUCCCUCUCUUUAGGCCUUGUUCCACACUUUUGCUGACUCAGCAAGGCAGUGUGUCGUUGCUUCUGUUGCCAUGGCGACAGUAAGCACACACUUGUCACUUGAUACACUCCCAGCAUUCAUCAUCAUCAGCAUCACGACUGACACCUUCUGGCCACAAACUGCACUCAGACUUCAAUUAGAAAAUGAUUAUUAUUAUUGCACGGCUCAUUGAAACAACAACAACAUUUAGAUACCGAUCAAACGUGUCACAUGACCACAGCCGCACAUCCAUGGCGACGGCGGUCCUUCACGGGGACAAUCGCUGGUAAACCCAGCCGCCCUCGCCACGGUGCUGGUAUUCGCCCGGCUCGGCCUCUGCGUCCAGUCUGGUGAAGACGAUGCGGUCGUGGAGCCUGUUGGUCUGACCCUGCCAGAACUCCAUCAGGUGGGGCUUCACCAUGUAGCCCCCCCUGGUGGACAAAAAGAAUACAUGCGACUGUUAAACACUUUAGUGCAGAUGAACGUUGUAGCUCCAGGCAGGUCUCUAGCAUGCUAAACCCUUAGUGCCACCAGCUGUUAGCACUUUAGCACCUGUGCAGACUUACAUAUAUAGCUACAGCAUACUUGCCAACCCUCCCGGGGCAACCAUUCUCCCGAAUUUCACCCGAUUUUCACCCGGUUAACAAUUUUGGGGGCGUGCCUUGAAGGCACUGCCUUUAACGUCCUCUACAACCUGUCAGGUCCGCUUUUCCUCCAUACUAUCAGUCACAUAAUAUAUGCGGCUUUUUACACACACACACAAGUGAAUGCAACGCAUACUUGAUCAACAGCCAUACAGGUCACACUGAGGGUGGCCGCAUAAACAACUUUAACACUGUCACAAAUAUGCGCCACACUGUGAACCCACACCAAACAGGAAUGACAAACACAUUUCGGGAGAACACCCGCACCGUAACACAACAUAAACACAACAGAACAAAUACCCAGAACCCCUUGCAGCACUAACUCUUCCAGGACGCUACAAUAUACACCCCCGCUACCACCAUGCAUGCUAAAGCGUCGGUGCCACCAGCUGUUAGCACUUUAGCGCCUGUGCAGACUUACAUAUAUAGCUCCAGGCAGGUUCGCUAGCAUGCUAAAGCGUCGGUUCCACCAGCAGUUAGCGCUUUAGCACCUGCGCAGAUCAACAUGAUAGCGCCAGGCAUGUUAGCUAAUAUCUAAAGCCCCACUUCCACCAGCUGUUAGCACUUUAGCAUAUGUGCAGACUAACAUGAUAGCGCCAGGCAGUUAAGUAGCAUGCUAAAGCCUUGGUGCCACCAGCUAUUAACACUUUAGCAUCUGUACAGGCUAACAUGAUAGCGACAGGCAGGUUGCUAGUAUGCUAAAGUCUCACUGCCACCAGCUGUUAGCCCUUUUAACGCCUGUGCAGACUAACAUUAUAGCUCCAGACAGGUUAGCCGGCAUGCUAAAUGUUCUGUGAUACCAGCUGUUAGCACUUAAACAACUGUGGACUAACAUGAUAAAUCCAGGCAAGUUGCUAGCAAGCUAAAGCUUUGGUACUUCAUGUUAGCACUAGAGAUGUCCGAUAAUAUCGGCCGAUAAAUGCUUUAAAAUGUAAUAUCGGAAAUUAUCGGUAUCGUUUUUUUAAAUUAUCGGUAUCUGUUUCUUUUUUCUUUUUA